AUGGCUGACGGCGGUGCUCUCAAGGAGCUCGACAAGCUCUGCAGUCUCACCGCCCCGGAUGGGAAAGCAACAUCCAAGUCGAAACCCAUUGAUACUACUCUUGAUGGCCUGAUUGCUACCUUGUCUGAUUAUAGGGCGAGAACUGCGGCGGGCGAGACCGUUGAUCUGAGGCAGCUUCCGGGUGUCGUUGAAAGGGCCAAGAAGGAUGUCGAUGCACGACAGCAGGAAGUGUAUACCGCUCUUACAAGGUACGGUAAAGCCAUUGAUAAGAAAUUCGCACAGCCACUCCCGACCGAGUACGGCCCGCUCUUCGCCUCGCCGGAGGCACAUAACGCCCUCUUGCGUGCAAUAUCCCAGCACCUUCUCCGUACAGGCCGUUUCUCCGCCGCCGAAAAGCUUGACCUCGAGUGUCCCGAUAUUGCGCCUCUCGGUGAUGGCUUGGCCCCGCAAUUCGAAUCCCUACACGCCGUGCUCGCCGCUCUCAGGGCAGGCGACAUUGGACCCGCACUUGCAUGGGCGCACGAGGCAGAUAACGCCGAGUUGACCUUCAGACUACACACUUUUGCCUAUCUACAGCUUCUUGCGUCGCCAUCCGGUGUUCUAGCUGCACGGGACUACGCUCGCACACAUCUCGCACCACGCCACGCCUCGAACCCUGGGGCCGUUCAGCGCCUAUUGGGUUGUUUGGUCUAUGCUGGGCGACUAGAGCAUUCGCCUUAUACCGACCUUGCAGCGGCAGCGGACCCCGCGGGUCUGGAAGCAGCCUUCGCAGCAGCUUUCGCCGCACGUCUUGGCAUGGGAGCCCGUGCGCCUCUCGCAGUCGCUGCAUCCAUCGGCGGUGGCGGCGCUCUUGCGCGGAUCGAGAAGGGCAGGAAGCUGAUGAGGGAAAGAAGGAGUGAAUGGAGUCAGGCGGAUGAGCUUCCCAUUGAGGUCCCUCUUGGGCCGGAGAAUAGGUUCCAUAGCGUGUUUGCUUGCCCAGUCAGCAAAGACCAGGCGACCGAGGCGAACCCGCCUAUGAUGCUCAACUGCGGACAUGUUGUUGCGAAAGAGAGUCUGCAGAAGCUCGGAAAGGCUAACGGCAAGGUCAAGUGCCCGUACUGCCCGCAGGAAUCCUACGUCAAAGGCGCCACGCGCAUGUACUUCUAG